AUGCUAUCCCUGACCCUCACAGGUCGCAUGCGCGAGGACCUGGGCAUCGAUGUGGACUUCUCGGCCUUCAUAACAUGGCCGACGCUCGGUCAACUCAAGGCCUUUUUGGGCUUUACUGUCAGCGAGACGAGCACCAGUAGCGGUGACAGCGGGGCCAGUGGCCCUCCAACAGAAAGCGAGCCAGACACAUCUACCACCCUCCCCAGCGACGAUGAACAAAGCGAGAUUAAUAAGGCCGUGGACGAAGAUAUGAGAAGCGUCUCUCAUGGCGACAUUGCUGUAUACGGCCUGAACUGUCCCUGGCUCAAGGACGCGAAACACUUAGUCGAGUUCGGUCUCCGCCGCCUAGCUGAGCUAUACGUGUCUGAGAUCCUGAGACGGCAGCCGCAGGGGCCGUACGAUCUCGGUGGAUGGUCCGCCAGCGGCAUCUGUGCUUGUGAAGUAGCCCUAAUGCUCACUAGAGCCAACCAUCGUGUUGAUCGGCUUAUCUUGAUCGACUCACCUAGCCCAAUCGGACUGGAAAAGCUUCCUCCCAGGUUGUACGACUUCCUCGACGCUCAAAACGUUUUUGGCUCGGAAAAUCCCCACGGCGCAGCGGGAGGAGGUAGCAAGGCGCCCGAGUGGCUUCUGACGCACUUUUUGGCGUCUAUGGAAGCGCUCGAUAACCACGUCUCCGUGCCUAGGGAGAUUACACUUUAA